UGAUGAAGUGAACGGAUGUCCAAUAGCUAUCCGAAUUCCUCGCCAGAGCUGCUCUUGGAUAACAAAAAGUCGUUUUAUAGUCGCACGCAGAGCGAUAUAACCGCACAAGAGUGUAAGUUUUAUGUUGUUCUCAUAUAAAGGAUUUAUUCUGUAAAAAAUGGCUAUUAACACGGACGCGCCUCACGCGACAGACGCCGCGCUUCAGUCCACCGAUUUUGGAGAUACACAGAAACUUCUGGACAUCUCGGACAAACAGCUGAAGAGAGAAUUAAACCACACAGAUUCUGACACACACCUCGCCGGUUCUCUGGAAGAGGAGCCCACUGAGCAUAGUGUGGUCAUAUCUGCUUCUGUCCCGCGGUCUCUGUCACGGGCGAGCUUCAGAUGCGCGUCGCCGCCCACGCCCGAGCAACGCGAACCCUGCAGCUUCAUGUGGGUCGCCGUGAUGUCCUGCUUCUGCCCGGCCGUCCCAAUCAACCUGUUCGCCCUUUAUUUCGCGCAUAUGUCUCGCUCUAUGAUACAAGCAAAAGAUUAUGAUGGGGCCAGAAGACUCGGACGUCUAGCUUUGUUGCUCAGUGUGAUUGCCAUUGUUGUGGGUCUGGCUAUAAUCAUCUAUCUUCUAAUGACAGAGUUGAAGUAGUUGUGGAUGUCGUACUGAAUGCACUGAUGUAAAUGGGUAUCGGAAGUGAAACCAAAGAAGAUGGAUAAUGAAUGCCGUGUGAAAACUUCAGAAAAUUAAUUUAGAAUGUCUGUUAUUUUGUGUUUUACACUUUUUGACAAGGACUCCUGUUCAUCGAAAUGUUUUUUUAGCACUGAACUAAUUUUGCACAAACUCUUACAUUACAAUCAGGUGUUCUUAGCUUAGAAUUUUGAAGUAUAUUUGAAUUCUUUCAAGGAAUUGCAUUAUAUUAUGAAGAUGUGAUGCAUGUUGCAAUAAGAAUAUAUGACUUCUGUUGAUU